GCGCGCAGGACCUGGCUUGCCUAGAGGGCACCCCUGACCUUGGUCUCGCCCUGGUUCCAGGUCUGUGCCAGGACCAUGGGCGCCACGCUGGGCACUGGCUUUCGGCUGGCCUCCUUCCCUCGCGUAGCCUGCGGCACCCUUCGGCGCCAAGCACCCUCCGCGCUCUCCCAGGGUUGUCACUCCAAGUCUGGCCCGCCUCGCCCUGUACCCCUGAAGAAGCGCGGAUACGAUGUCACCAGGAACCCCCAUCUCAACAAGGGCAUGGCCUUCACUCUUGAAGAAAGGUUGCAGCUUGGCAUCCAUGGUCUGAUCCCGCCCUGCUUCCUCAGCCAGGACGUCCAGCUCCUCCGCAUCAUGAGAUACUACGAGAAGCAGCCGAGCGACCUGGACAAGUACAUCAUUCUCAUGACUCUCCAAGACCGCAACGAGAAGCUCUUCUACCGGGUACUGACCUCAGAUGUGGAGAAGUUCAUGCCCAUUGUGUACACACCCACCGUGGGCCUGGCCUGUCAGCAGUAUGGCCUGACCUUCCGCCGACCUCGUGGGCUGUUUAUCACCAUUCAUGACAAGGGCCACCUUGCAACAAUGCUGAACUCUUGGCCAGAGGACAAUAUAAAGGCUGUGGUGGUGACUGAUGGAGAGCGCAUACUGGGUUUGGGAGACCUGGGCUGCUAUGGCAUGGGCAUCCCUGUGGGCAAGCUGGCCCUGUACACCGCCUGCGGAGGAGUGAACCCACAGCAGUGCCUUCCUGUCCUGCUGGAUGUCGGCACCAACAAUGAGGAGCUUCUCAGAGACCCUCUGUACAUUGGCCUGAAACACCAACGCGUCCGUGGGAAGGAGUAUGAUGACCUCCUGGAUGAAUUCAUGCAGGCUGUGACUGAUAAGUUUGGAAUAAAUUGCCUCAUUCAGUUUGAAGACUUUGCCAAUGCCAAUGCCUUCCGUCUGCUCAACAAAUACCGCAAUAAGUACUGUAUGUUCAACGAUGACAUCCAAGGCACAGCCUCUGUAGCUGUGGCAGGGAUCCUGGCUGCUCUGAGAAUCACCAAGAACAAGCUCUCCAACCAUGUGUUUGUUUUCCAGGGUGCAGGUGAGGCAGCCAUGGGCAUCGCUCACCUCCUUGUCAUGGCCCUGGAGAAAGAAGGCAUACCCAAGGCAGAGGCCACAAGGAAAAUCUGGAUGGUGGAUUCCAAGGGUCUCAUUGUCAAGGGUAGGAGCCACCUGAACCAUGAGAAGGAGAUGUUUGCCCAAGACCAUGCUGAAGUCACCUCCCUGGAGGAGGUGGUGAGGCUGGUGAAGCCCACAGCAAUUAUAGGUGUUGCUGCCAUCGCAGGAGCCUUCACGGAGCAGAUUCUGAGGGACAUGGCCUCCUUCCAUGAGCGCCCUAUCAUCUUUGCCCUGAGCAACCCCACCAGCAAGGCUGAGUGCACAGCUGAGAAGUGCUACCGGGUCACCGAGGGUCGAGCGAUCUUUGCCAGUGGAAGUCCUUUUAAGAGUGUGACUCUAGAAGAUGGCAGGACAUUCAUUCCUGGUCAGGGAAACAAUGCCUAUGUGUUUCCUGGGGUAGCACUGGGCGUCAUCGCCGGUGGGAUCCGACACAUCCCAGAUGAAAUCUUCCUCCUGACAGCAGAGCAAAUUGCUCAAGAAGUAUCUGAGCAGCACCUGUCCCAGGGGAGACUGUACCCACCACUCAGCACCAUCCGAGAUGUGUCACUGAGAAUUGCAGUCAAAGUCCUCGACUAUGCGUACAAACACAACCUGGCCUCCUACUAUCCAGAGCCCAAGGACAAGGAGGCUUUUAUCAGAUCUCUGAUCUACACUCCAGACUAUGACUCCUUCACACUAGACACCUACAGUUGGCCUAAGGAAGCUAUGAAUGUUCAGAAGGUCUGAUGCAGUCUCCUGGGCUUUUGGGGGAGCUGAAUGAAGAAAUACAAUAUAAACAGGUUCCAAAAUGGCCA